UCUUCUACAAUUGUAGGUGCUGAGGCUUCGCAGUGGGUCCAUGAUGCUCAAGAAGACCCCACUACCUAUACACCUCCUGGCUCCCCAAUUGCUAGUUCCUCUCCCCUCUCUUCCUCUCUCCCCUCUGGCUCCACAACUGAAUGCCCUAAGCCUGCUGCACCGAAACACCUGAAGAGGAGACGUCCUUGUCCUGUGCCUGAGUGCAAUGGAGCACUGCACCUGAAUAUGUGGAACCAUAUCUUCCAGACGCACAAGGCAAAGGGGAAGUAUUCCAUGGACGAACUGCGGAAGUUCAUGGAGAUUUCCAAGCUCCAAAAUCCGAGGACAAGGACAUCAACCAAACAAGCUCCCGGCCCGAUAGAGAAAACUGAGACGGUGAAACAGGAAGAAGAUGGCUCUGUCACAAUCACCAGAGUUGACAUUAAGCCAAAGUCAUCGGGCCGGGAGCGCUUUGGAUCAGGGACAAAGAACUGGAGCAAGUUUGAUGAAGACACGCCUGUCCUUAAACGAUUCUCAAGCUACCUGCAGAGCGUGGAGGGAGGCACCAAAAACCCCAAAGCUGCACAGCAGGAGGUUGUUGACUUGUCCAAGUUCCUCUAUCUUGCCGAUGAGAAGGAGUGUGACAUCAACCAUGUUACAACCAUGUCCCACAUCGUGGACUAUCUCAACAAGUUGAGGCAGAGUGGGGUUGGCCCAUCAGGGCAGGUGACUAAACUAACAACAAUCCUUGAUGCGACGAAGAUGAUCAUAUCUAGGGUGCCGGAUGACGGAGGCAACGAGAAGACGAAGGAACUGGUUGUGCGAGCA